UUUACUUUAGGCACCGACUAAAUAGAAGUUAAAUUUUUUUCUAAUAUUUAUUUUAUUCAUAGUUUUAAGAAAAGUGUUUCAAUAAUAACUAAGGUUUAAUAUAGGUUUUUAAUUUUGACAUUUAGCGCCUGUGUGUAUAAAAAUGGCAGAAAACCAAAAUAUAAAUUCUGAUAAUUUUCAGAGAAGUGACGAUAAAAUUUCUGCUUCAUGUAUUCGUUCUGGCCUAGCUGAAUUAGAAAUGCAAACAACCCAAACACUUAAAAGAUUACAAAACAUUCAGAUAAACGGUGCCUUAGAUGUGAACAAUGAAAAUAAACUAACGCAAUCAUGUAAUUCAUUGCCAGUAACAAGUUGCUCAUCUUCAGAUAUUUUAAAAUCUUUGGAAGACUUAAUAUCGGGUUCUGAUUCUGAGGAAGGAUCUGAUAUAAUUUAUCAGUUACCUGAAUUAGAUGAAGUGUCAAUGCUAGCCUUAGUAUCUCAGAGUUUUGAAGCUUAUAUUAGUCAUUUAGAUCGGCAAACACUCUUGAGAAUCGCAGAUUUGAUUGCAGGAGAUACAUCUAGAUGGGUUGGAAAUCUUUUUAAGUUUCCGGAACCAUCAGCUAGUUUUCAUUCUGACAAUGGUGAAGCAAUUUUACGUGUGCUGCGUUUAGCUAUAGUUUCUCGUUGUCCUGGUUUUUUAGAAGGCGGAAUUCCAGCAUUAGCUAAUCCUUGUCUCUAUAUCUGUGAAAACUUAACGCAUCUACGACUACAGUAUGCUUGUAAACAAUUAGGAAUAGCAGCCGAGGCUAUAAGAGUAAUACCAACUACAGCUAGCGGAACUAUGGAUUUAAACUUGUUCCAAAAAGAAAUACGUUCAGAUAUUAGUGCAAAUCGUAAUCCCCUUUUAGUUGUAGCAGAUGUAGGUGCGUCGUUAUGUGGUUUCGCUGAUAAUCUGAAACGUUUGAAAGAAAUUUGUAGAGCUAAUAAUAUUUGGUUACACGCUUCUGGACAUUUGUUAGCCACUUUACCAAUAGUGCAGGGUACUGGGACGAUAAGUUCUGUUGUUGAUUCUGUUGUUUUGAAUUUGGGUUCUUGGCUUGGCAUUCCCAGUGUACCGAUAGUAUUACUACAUAAGCAAUUGCAAAAUGCCGCUUUAACAGUAUCCGAUUCAGAUGCAAUUUUAUCAAAGAGGCUAAAAUCAUUAUCGUUAUGGGCGAGUUUACAAGCAUUAGGAAGAGAAAAUAUAUCUGAGAAAGUUCAUGUAGCGUUUCAAACUUGUAGCAUUCUUUACGAAAUAACCUCAAAAUGUGAGGGUAUACGUAUAUUGAGUCGUGCUCCUGGUGCUCAAACCGGUUCUUCAUUGUCUGAUUUAAUUAGUAAACCACUAGAUGUAGAUGCUUUAUUUGAAUCUGCGGCCCCAGUAGUAGUAUUUCAAUUUGAUGGUUCGUCCAUUCAAUUUGAUCAAGAUUCAACACCACCACCAAGUACAGAUCAAAAUCAAGAUAUAAAUCAGGCAAUAAUAAAUAAAUCAAUAGAGAAAGUUGAAAAUGCUUCUUAUUUCGAUCGCUUAAACGCUUGGCUCGGCCAGCUAUUACAACGUGAUUGCCCUAAUUUUGAUUUUGAAAUAAUAGAACAUCAAAUACAUGGAACUUGUAUACGAUAUUGUCCAUUAGAACUUAGCUUAGGUGAACAACCUGCUAAAGCAGAUCAUUUGGAAAAUUUUGCGGCAUGUUUAGAAUCUCAAGUUGACAUAUUACGUGCAACAUUAAAACAUAAAGCUACCUUUAUUAAAUUGGUAGAAAAAAGUGACGUAUUAAGACUUGUAAAUUUACCAGAAUGGGCUGGUAUGGGAGGUGUUCGCUUUGUACCAGAAGGAUGGGAGACGUUGUUAACAGAUCAGGCAAAAGCUGAAUUAAAUAAAUUGAAUAUGGAUUUAGUCGAUGCUUUAAAAUCAACAGAUAAUGCAUUCUCUUUAGGUGAAGGCCCUGAUUCUUUAAGUUGUGUUAGAUUUGGAAUGGUUACACAUGAAACAGAUGUAGAAGAACUUUUAGAUUUAGUUGUUACUGUCGGAAAGAGUGUUCAAGAAAAUUCCAAAGUUUUGGAUUCAAUGUCAGAAAUUGUUAAAAAGGGUAUAGAAACUGCAAUGCAAGAUUUACAAAGAGAAAGUGAAGAAAAGCUUUGGCAAGAAGGUAUUUUAAGACAUGUACCAGUAGUUGGACGUGUUGUUAAUUGGUGGUCACCACCACCAAAAGAGGGUGGAAUUAAAGGGCGUAGUUUAAAUUUGACACAAGGUGUAGUAGAAAGUACGGAGAAUAUUUACAAGUAUCAUAUGCAAAUGACAGGUGCUCCUAAUCAAUUACCAGGUAAUAAAUCUCCUCCAACACCAAUGGUUCAAACACCAGUUAUAACAGAUUCUGCAGGACAUUCCCGUAGUGUUAGCCAAAGUAGUGCAACAUCAGUUCAAGAAAUACAAAUUCCAACGCAAGAAAAUUAAUUCAAGAUCAUAAUAAAGCAAAAUAUACAAAAUAAAAAUUAAAUAUGUAAAAUAAAACAAAAAAAGAAACAACAAACAUUUAAUAAUUAAGAAAUUUUUUUGAGAAUAAAAAGAAAGCAAAAUAGAAACCCAUAAUUAAAGAACUAAAAAACGGAACAGAAAAAAACAAUUAUUUUAAAAAUAAUAAACCAUUUGAAAGCAAUAAAGACCUAUGACUAAUAUUUAGUAAAAUAUAAUGUAGAUAUAUAUAAAAAUCCUUUAAAAUUUAUAUAAAUUAAAAAAUGAAAAAAAAAAAAUGGGGCUUAUUAUAAAAAUGAAAAUGUUUAUACAUGCAUACACAUAUACAUAUAUAUAUAUUAUUUUAUUGAUUAAAAUUUCAUUCCAUUUCAGUUUACGUAAUUUUUUUUAAGUUGAAAUUCACUUUAAAUUCAAUGAAAAUAAAAACGAAAAACCAUUUAUUUUCAAUUCUAUAUUAAGUUUUGUCUUUUAAAAUAACCAAAAUUAUCGUUAUAA